AUGCUGUUAUUCAUGUCCCGUGUCCGCUUUGAAAUUGGUAUAAAGCUAUCGGCAAAGAUAGAGAUGUUCAUUGUCUUCAAUGCUGAAGCCAAAAUAAGUGUCUAUUCUAGCAAUACAAUGAUAGGGUCAAAUAGGAAGACGAUAGUAGAUUUUAUUUACUAUGGUAAAGGUGGUUGA